AUGGCAUCAUCAUCAUCAUCAUCAUCCAUUAUCUCUUUAUCUUCUACUUUCCUACAAAAGGACACUCCAUUAAAGAGAACAACAACAAAAUCCCCAAUCUCCAAAUGCCCUCUUAAUCCAAUAAAAGUCUCAAUGUCGGCGUCCGAAACAGACAAGACCACAUCUGCGUUACCAAUGCGAGAAAUACCAGGCGAUUAUGGCCUCCCUUUUAUAGGACCAAUCAAAGACCGUCAAGAUUAUUUCUACAACGAAGGCCAAACCAAUUUCUUCAAAAACAGAAUCCAAAAAUACAACUCAACCGUUUUUCGCGCCAAUAUGCCACCUGGCCCAUUCAUUUCAUCCAACCCAAACGUCAUCGUUUUACUCGACGGUAAAUCCUUCCCUAUUCUCUUCGACGUUUCCAAAGUAGAAAAACGAGACCUCUUCGUCGGAACUUACAUGCCUUCCACAGAACUCACCGGCGGUUACCGAAUCCUCUCUUACCUCGAUCCCUCCGAACCAAAACACGACCAACUCAAACGUUUUCUCUUCUUCCUCCUCAAAUCUCGAAGCAGCCAUUUCAUCCCUGAGUUUCAUUCAUCUUACACAAACCUCUUCGAAACUUUAGAGAAAGAGCUUGCGAAAAAAGGAAAAGCAGUUUUCGGUGAUUCCAGUGAUCAAACAGCUUUUAACUACUUUGCAAAAGCAUACUUCGGAGUUAACCCUUCCGAAACAAGACUCGGAACUGAUGCUCCGAGUAUAAUAACGAAAUGGACCGCGCUUCAGGUCGGUCCAAUUCUUACUAUAGGUCUUCCGAGGUUAAUCGAGGAACCACUUCUUCACACUUUUCUUCUUCCACCAGCUUUGGUGAAGAAAGAUUACCAAAGACUAUAUGAGUUUUUCUACGAGUCAUCUUCUGGACCGAUUUUAGAUGAAGCGGUUCGACUCGGGGUUUCUAAAGAAGAAGCGGUUCACAAUCUUAUAUUCGUCACUUGUUUUAAUUCAUUUGGUGGAAUGAAGAUUUUGUUUCCAAGUAUGUUGGGGUAUAUCGGAGAAGCUGGAGUUAAUCUUCACCGUAGGUUAGCAGAAGAGAUUAGAGCGGUUGUUAAAUCCAACGGCGGGAAAGUGACGAUGGCUGGAUUGGAACAAAUGCCGUUGAUGAAAUCAGUGGUAUAUGAAGCCCUUAGAAUCGAUCCACCGGUGCCGUUUCAAUACGCGAAAGCGAAACGUGAUUUAGUGAUAGAGAAUCACGAGAAUGCGUUUCAAGUGAAGGAAGGUGAAAUGCUGUUUGGUUUUCAACCGUUUGCGACUAAGGAUCCAAAGAUUUUUGAUAGGGCUGAUGAGUUUGUUGGGGAUAGGUUUUUGGGGGAAGGUGAGAAGUUGUUGAAACAUGUGCUUUGGUCAAAUGGUCCUGAAACGGAACAAACAAAUGUUAGUAAUAAGCAGUGUGCUGGCAAGGACUUUGUUGUGUUGUUUUCUAGACUUUUGGUGGUGGAGUUGUUUCUCAGGUAUGAUACUUUUGAUGUUGAAGUUGAAAAGGGGGCAUCAGGAUCAUCUGUUACCAUUACCUCAUUCAAGAAAGCAACUUUUUAG